GGCGAGCAAACGCUUCCUGUUUUGUUGACUGCAAUACACACGAGAGAAGGACCAAAAGCCAAACAUUUGGUGUAUUUAAUCAUCUUUAUCGGGAAAAAGAAAUCACCAACACAUGAGAAAAGUUGAAGACUGUUUCUAAAGUCGCUGGGUUAACUGUAUGUUUACAGCCGAUUAUAUCCUAACGUUAUAAAAGUCGGGUAACUUUUAAACGUUAGAUUCGGUUGAAAACGGUAAAAUGCCUUCCCGUGUUGAGGAUUACGAGGUGUUGUUCACCAUAGGAACAGGUUCUUAUGGAAAAUGCCAGAAAAUAACACGGAAAUGCGAUGGGAAAAUCCUCGUGUGGAAGGAGCUGGACUAUGGCACCAUGGCAGAGGGUGAGAAGCAGAUGCUGGUGUCAGAGGUGAACCUCCUGAGGGAGCUCAAGCACCCAAACAUAGUGAGGUACUAUGAUCGCAUCAUAGACCGGACUAACACCAGGCUGUACAUUGUCAUGGAGUACUGUGAGGGUGGGGACCUGUCCAGCCUCAUCACCCGAUGCAUCAAAGAAAGACGUUAUCUGGAGGAGCAGUUUGUCUUGCGAGUCAUGGCACAGCUCAUGUUGGCACUGAAGGAGUGCCACAGACGCAGUGACGGCGGGGCAACAGUUCUUCAUCGAGACCUGAAACCAGCAAACAUCUUCCUCGACAUCAAACAGAAUGUGAAGCUCGGAGACUUUGGCCUCGCGAGGAUCCUGAACCAUGACACCAGUUUUGCCAAGACAUUUGUCGGCACACCUUACUACAUGUCUCCAGAACAAAUAGACCGGAUGUCAUACAACGAGAAAUCAGAUAUUUGGUCCCUGGGGUGCUUGCUGUAUGAACUCUGUGCAUUGUCCCCUCCGUUUACUGCUUACAAUCAAAAAGAUCUUGCAGUAAGGAUCAGGGAGGGGAAGUUCAGAAGGCUCCCGUACCGGUAUUCUGAGGGCCUCAACAACUUAUUAAGCAAAAUGCUCAACCUGAAGGACUAUCUGAGGCCUUCAGUAGAGUCUAUUCUCCAGAGCAGCCUGUUGGCUGAGGCUGUUGCUGAGGAGCAGAGGAGGGCACAGGCUCGACUCCAAAGGAGGUCGGCAGACUCCGACUGUCCUUUUAACAAAGCGGCUGAACAGACACCCACCUCUGCCAAAGAGCUCAGACUCAGGGAACAGGCGUUGCGCGACCGAGAAAAGGCACUGAAGGAACGUGAGGAGAGGCUGGAGCAAAGAGAGCAGGAGCUUUGUGUCCGUGAGAGACUGUCAAAUGAGAAACUUGCAAGAGCAGAGAGUUUACUGAAGAAUUGCAACCGCCUGCAGAAGCAGAGGGACCUGGCACCGUUCUAUGACAAAGACAUAGAUUUGGAGAACCUCUCUCCGGGCAAGAAGAAAGUCCACUUUGCUGGUGAAAGCAAAGAGAACCAGCGGCCUGAUGGGCGUCCAAGUGUGGCGUCCCAGGAGAUGAUUUUGAGGAGGCUGCAUGCAGCCAAACUGCGCACUCAGACACUGAAUGAAGUGGAAAAGACGUGUCAGUUCAAGAGCAGGCAGAUACUUGGCAUCCGCUGAUCUCAAAGAAACCCCUGUCUGACAUGUGACUAAAGCCUCUGAAGGCUAGUCGUUAUAACUGGAUGUAAAUUAAGCUGUAUUUAUUUGAUGAUUCAGAGGUGAAGCCAAAUGAUUAAAUCCUUUGCAUUUUCAUGUGUAUGUUAGAGCAACCUUUGUAGUGUGAAGAAUUGUAUUAAGUUUGUGUGGAUGUUGUCAUUGUAUAGAUAGUUAUUGUUAAUGUGCUGUGUAUUCUGUUGAAUAUACGUUUGUCACAAACUGCUUAGAAAUGCACAGAAACAAGGUGUAGCUCCCACAAAAUGAUAAAACUUGUGUUUAGACAAGUUAUAAAAGUAUAAGUUAAGAGCAACCUUUGUGAACAUUUGAACUAUGCAAAUUGACUGAUUGUGAAUGUAAGUAUUUACAUUACCAAAUGAACUACUAAUUGUAGUUAUAAGUGAUUAACAUACGAUGGGUACAUUACUCAUAAAGACAUGAUCCGUGCCUAAGAUGCUCCGUUUGUUGUAGCAAAAAUACAUAUACAUGCAUAUUGUUUAAUAAAUGUGUCAAACAAA